AUGGGUAUAGUGAGAGCCCUGGCCGCCGUCUCAUUGGUUGCAGCGAAUGUCGAGGCAGCGAAUGUCGAGGCUGCUUUGUCUUCUACGGGCUUCACGGUAUCCCUAUCGGACAUUGACUAUUUCCUACCCCCAAAGCCGGUGGCCAAAAUAUCUGGAUGCGAGGAAAUCCAGGCACUUUUCGAAGUUGCACCGUUUGUGCCAUUUACGGUGGUCAAGGGCAAUGGCUCGGUAGCGGAUAUCGCAUCGCUAACGGCUGGUUAUGCCGACGACGAUGUGUGGCAGGAAGGCUUCAUGCAAGCAAUCUAUGCGCAGGUUAGCACUGUGAGAAUCACAAACUCAUCUAUCCUCAUACUAUCUGGCAACGCCACGUCUCAAUUGCCUGUCGGACCCUACUUCCUCAAUGCCGCCGGUCAGGUCUUCGAAGCAUGGAGGCUGUUUUCGGACGUGCAGGGUGCAUUUACAGAGUCGGCAAUUGGUAAUAGAGACGGUUCAUACUCGGUGCUGCCCGCUGGCACAGUUGGUCAACGUCAGGCAAUUGCUGUGCCUUCUCGUCUGUACUUUACCAAGACUGCUGAAAAGCCAUUGGCGGGUGUACGAAUCGGUAUAAAAGACAUUUAUGAUAUCAGAGGUCUUCGCACUUCAAACGGCAAUCGAGCGUGGUACUGGCUAUAUCCCCCAGCCGACGCCACUGCACCACCUGUGCAGAACUUGAUUGAUGCCGGAGCCGUUAUUGUCGGCAAGAUGAUCACCUCUCAAUUCGCCAAUGGAGAGACUGCGACUGCUGACUGGGUAGACUACCAUGCGUCGUUCAAUCCUCGUGGAGAUGGCUAUCAAGACACAUCUUCGAGCUCCGCUGGCGGUGGUGCUGGUACCGCAUCGUACUCAUGGUUAGAUAUCAGUCUGGGCUCAGAUACUGGUGGAAGUGUGCGUGGCCCAGCCCAAGUUCAAGGUUUGUAUGGCAACCGACCGUCACACGGCCUGGUCUCUUUGGAUCAUACAAUGCCGCUCAGUCCUGUACUUGACACACCCGGUUUGCUCGCCCGCAAUCCUCAUAUCUGGAUGGAAGCUGCCAAAGUCAUGUAUGGUCCCAACAUCACCAUAACCGAUAGCUACCCCAAGAGCAUUCAGACGAUUGGAUGGCCUACGGAGGUAGAAGACGAGGCUGAUCAGCUGCUUAUCGACUUCUUGGGCAACGUUACCAAGUUUUUGAAUGCGAAUGCAACAGCAUACAAUCUGACAGCAGAAUUCGAUGAUGCCAACCCAGAUGUUGCACCGUUGGGAACGUUCAUGAACCUCACGUACGCAAUUCUCAUCACCAAGCAACAAAUUGAGCUGGUCCGCGAACCGUUCUAUGCCGACUACGCAGCCAAACACGAUGGGCGGCUUCCGUUCGUCAACCCUACACCGCUCGCUCGCUGGGGGUGGGGUGAGGAGCAGAACAUGACUGUGGCCGAGGCCAUUGCCGACAAGACCUUGUUCCAGAAUUGGGCCAACGAGACUGUGCUUACUCCUUCGGUGGCGACAUGUUCCAAGUCGCUCGUCAUGUACGUUGGCUCGACUGGCAGCAGGACCUACCGCAACGCGUAUCGGGGCGAGCCUCGCGUCCCGCUGGGUUUCAGCAACGGCCGGAUUUCAGUCAUGUCGGAAGUGCCCGACUAUGUUGUGCCGCUGGGCGAGACGCCGUAUGAUUCAUUGAUUACCGGCCAUGUAGAGUACCUGCCUGUCACGGCCAAUCUGCUGGCGGCAAAGGGAUGCGAUGGCAUGCUGUUCUCGCUCAUCUCGGAGCUUUACGAUGCGGGGAUAUUGAAGGAGAGCAAGGUCGGACAGAGCGGAGUGACUGGUGGGGAGAUACUGUACCGAAGAGGGAUGCCAGUGUAUUGA